AUGUCUUACUGCAGAGACCUGUGCGUGCCAUACAGCAGCCCAUGCGAGGUGACCUGUCCUCAGCCCUUGGCCAACACCUGCAACGAUGUGUGUGUGACGUCCUGUGACGACUCCAGAGCUGUCGUUUACCCACCACCAGUGGUCCUGACUUUCCCAGGACCGGUUCUCACCUCUUGCCCCCAGGAAAGCGUCGUGGGCAGCUGUGAACCACUUGGCCUAGCACGUCCUGGGAGCUGUCUUGGUUACGGGGGCUAUGGAAGUGGUGCUGGUCUAAGGGGCUCCAUCCUUUUUGGGGGCUCAAAUGGUUAUGGGGGUGCAUGCAAUUACAACAGGUCUUACAAUUCUGGAUGCUCCUCACUGGGAAGAGGAACGUGUAGCCCCUACUCUUACCGCCGGUGCAGCACCUACGGCCGAGGAAACUGUGGGCCUUGCUAA